AUGAGAUCUUUGCAUGCUGAAUAUUACCCGGUUCACACCUCCUACAACAAGGAACUUUGUAUCUGCCCAGAAUUGGAACCACCGUUGCUUGUUACCAUGACAAAGAGGUUUCUUCUAUACCAUAUGGUGAUAGAGAUUCCGCGAGCACUCUUUCACGGUAGAAUCUUGCUAUGCCAUGGGUCAUCGUGCCUAAGCUCGUCUCCGACCACCAAUCCCGGGUUGUUGACGGGAUUUUCGUGA